AGCAAUCGCUGUAAUCAAAGCAGUCUCUGCUGUAUCUAGCAACUGACUGGGUGGGCCUGACUGACUACGUGACUGCUGCCAUCAGAGCACCCCAAUCAACACUGCGCUGCUACUUCUAUCAGAAUUUUUUUUACAGCCGCAUUCACAAGAAGACAGACAGGUUGAGACAUCGUUGUGAAAGUCUUUUCUUUUCUCUUGCAGAAGUCUUGCAGAAAUGGAUUCCAUAUACAUGGAAAUAGCUGCCCUCGGAAGAACUCUGUAUCCAGGCAUGUUAUAUGAUUGCCGGAGGGACUCCUUUAUUCCAGGUGUUACUUUAUGGGAUAAGAAUGCAUUGCGUGAUGACCUUGAUGUGCAUCAGAAGCCUAAAACCCAUCUGAAUUUUGCUGCCUCUGACAGUCUCAGUAACAAGGCAAACCUCCUAGAUAUAAACGCUUCCCUUAAAGCCAGUUUCCUAUGUGGCUUGGUGGAAGUUGGAGGAUCGGCCAAGUACCUUCUAGAUACCAAAUCCUCAACACGUCAGUGCAGAGUUACUAUGCAGUACAGCCAGACAACAAAAUUUGAACAGCUCACUAUGAAGGAGCUUGGUAAUAUCACCUAUCCACAAGUAUUUGACCAGAAAACAGCCACGCAUGUAGUUACAGCUGUACUGUAUGGAGCUCAGGUUUUCAUGGUGUUUGAUUAUACCAGUGCAGAAAAUGAGAACAAACAGGAAAUUGAAGGAAACCUUCAUGCAAUGGUUAAAAAGAUCCCUACCAUAUCUAUUGAGGGGCAAGCAUCCCUAACUAUGAAUGAAAAUGAAAAAAAAAUGUCAGAAAAUAUUAGUGUCACAUUUUAUGGUGACAUUGAACUUAAUGAAAACCCCACCACAUACAAAGAAGCCCUGGAAGUGUACAAGAAAGUGCCUGCUCUGAUGAAGCAACAAGGUAAAGGUGUGCCUCUAACCGUGUGGCUGUAUCCUCUCAAUCUUUUGGAUGAUAAGGCUGCAAAGUUGGUGAGAGAAAUCAGUUUGAGCGUGAUGUAUAAAACAGAAACUGUGCUGGAAGAGAUCAAUGAAAUGGAGAGAGUAUGCAAUGAUUUGAUCAAAAGACAAAUAACAGAGGAUUUUCCUGACCUAAAAGACAGGUUGCUAAAAUUUCAGGCAUUACAUAAGAAUUAUACAAGUUCGUUCAAGAAUGCACUGUUCAGAGUGCUGCCAGCUAUUCGUGGUGGGACACAAGAGGGCAAGGCACUGGAGGACAUCCUGAAAAUCCAUUACACAUCACCCUUCAAUGCAAGCAACAUGAACAAAUGGUUAGAUGGCAUUACAUCUGAAUUAAAUAUAUUGAGCUCCUAUACCAGUGGACUGAAGGACCUCAUAGUAAAAUCAUCAGGGUCAUUCAACUCCAUCUGUUUUCAUCCUGAUGUUGAUGCGGUGGUAUGUUUGUCAUUUACUUCUCUAAAUGAUGAAGAUUCCUACCUAGCAGCUCUACAAGACAGUGAGAAUUCUGAAGGAUUUACAAUGUCGGGGCAAACAAGCAAGAGAGAUUUAAUUCUCCAAAAAGCACAGCCUUGGUUUACUUCUCCUGACAACUCUGCAAGGAUGAGGCAGAAUGUUUCUCUAUUUACAACCUUUUUAGAGGCCAAUAAAAAUGAGAAGAAAUUCAAAUUCAUCAUUGCAUCGAUACCUGACUCCAACAAUCCAGGAAUCUCCAUCCGGCUAUAUCAGAAUGGCAGUCUAACAGAUCCUAAGUUCCAGCCUGUGUCCAAACCUCCCAAACCUGUGGUGGAGACCGGUGAUGGGAAAGUCACCCUGAAGCUUUCAAAAUCCCCAACUGGAGAAACAGUACGCUUCAGAGUUGAGUACAGGAUGAGAUCUUCAACUGAUUCAGCAGAAGAUGUUGAGAAAUGGACAGUCAUAGACACUUCAGAUACACAAAACACCUUCACACUGACUGGACUACAGGCAACAGAACAAUACUGGGUUCGAUUCAGAGCUGUUAGUAAUGUGGGAGUAAGUGAAGCCAGCGACUCUGUCCCCUUCACCUUUCGUGGGAAGCUCAUUGUGACAGUGGACCAAUGGAACUUCUCCACACCCAUGCUCAUUAAUAAACUAAGGACAAAAAUAUUGAACCGUCCUUCUGAUGGGCCACAUCCAGUCUGCAAACCUAACAAACCAUAUUUGGAAUCAAUCCCUGGAGGCUUAAGACCUGGUAUGGCUUUGUUCUUCCAAGGGCUUGUUCCAAAAGAUUUUACACGCUUUGAAAUAAAUUUGCAGACCACGCCAAAGUACCUUCAUGACAUUGCUCUUCACUUCAACCCCCGUGUGGACUGUGUGGCCCUUUACACCUGCAGGAAUGGGUCAUGGGAGCAUCCACAGUGGGCAUCAGGAAACCCAUUUGUCCAAGGAGCAGCUUUUGAUAUCAUCUUGGUUAUUAAACAAGAAUGCUAUGAGGUGAUGGUGAAUGGCCUGGAGUACUGCACGUUCCAGCACCGUAUCCCAGUGGACACAGUGACUACACUUCAUAUUAGGGGAGACGUCUUCAUGAACACCUUUACCAUUACUGAAAAAUUCUCCACACCCAUGCUCAUUAAUAAACUAAGGACUAAAAUAUUGAACAGUCCUUCUGAUGGGCCACAUCCAGUCUGCAAACCUAACAAAGCAUAUUUGGAAUCAAUCCCUGGAGGCUUAAGACCUGGUAUGGCUUUGUUCUUCCAAGGACUUGUUCCAAAAGAUUUUAAACGCUUUGAAAUAAAUUUGCAGACCACACCAAAGUACCUUCAUGACAUUGCUCUUCACUUCAACCCCCGGGUGGACUGUGUGGCCCUUUAUACCUGCAGGAAUGGGUCAUGGGAGCAUCCACAGUGGGCAUCAGGAAACCCAUUUGUCCAAGGAACAAUUUUUGAUAUCAUCUUGGUUAUUAAACAAGAAUGCUAUGAGGUGAUGGUGAAUGGCCUGGAGUACUGCACGUUCCAGCACCGUAUCCCAGUGGACACAGUGACUACACUUGAUAUUAGGGGAGACGUCUUCAUGGACACCAUUGCCAUUACUGAAGUGGAUGAUGUUAAUCUGAAAGUCAGCAUGAUCAGUCCUGCCAAUAUUUGAGGAUUCAAAUCUUCUCCAAUACCAAUGACAUUUAUUUUGUUAUAUUCUGGUCAAUUAUAUCAGAAUUAAAACUGUUUAUGGGUGUUUUUUGUCUUUUCAUUAACCCGUAAUGUUUUUUUUUUUUUACUGAUGAGCAUUCUUAUCAGAUUUUUGUUGCUUAUUAUCGUUAGAAAUGCAUACUAUAUAUUCUUUACUACAGUUUUAUUGUACGUUAAUUACAGUCAAUGAUACAGGUAAUUUGCAUUAUCUGUUCACUAGUUAAAAGUCUUGAAUGCACUCUGCAAAUCUCCAAAACCAAACAGGUUUCAGCACAUGACAUACUUACACCAAAUACAAAGCUGAAGUUGACACAGUAUUUUUAUUUGAUUUUCUUAUUUCAGCUCCUCCUUUACUGAUGCAAAUACAACAUUAGAAAGUGCUCAUUAAUCAUUUCUAAAAUUAUCCAUUUGCAGAACUAAAUUGACUAAUUAAACCUCUUGCAUUAUUGUGUG